AUGGAUUAUUCAUACGGACAAUCUAGUGAUUAUCCACUACGAAUUCUUGUUCCUAGCGAUUCUGUUGGAGCUAUAAUUGGUAAACAGGGUUCAACAGUUAAACAAAUCAAACAAAAAACACAUGCAAAAAUUGAUGUGAAUAAAAAUGAACCAUCAAAUAUACAAGAACGUGUGAUUGCUUUUCGAGGUCAACAAGAAAAUUGCAUUCAAGCAUGUCGAGAAAUACUUCGUAUUAUGUAUGAAGAUGCUAAUAAUAAAAAUAAAACAAAUGAAAUUAUAUUAAAAGUACUGGCACAUAAUAACUUUAUCGGACGAAUUAUUGGUAAAGGUGGUAAUAUAAUAAAUUCAAUAAAAAAAGACACUAAUACAAACAUUACCGUAUCAAGUGUAAAUGAAUUAAAUUCAUAUAAUGUUGAAAGAAUAAUAUCAAUAAAAGGUGAAUUUGAACAACAAAUACGUGCACUUGAAACAAUUUAUGCUAAAUUAUGUUUGGCUUAUGAAAAUGAUAAUGCUCGAACAUGGAAUUACCCAACAUCACAAUAUCAGCAACAACAACAACAACAGCAAUUAAUGCAGCAUUUUGCUCAACAAGCAGUUAUGAUGGCGACGAAUGCUAAUGGUGGUCCAUCUCUAUUUCCUACACAUUAUGCUCAACAGCAUCAAUCGAUAAUUCAACAAUCACCAACUAAUAAUAGUAAUAAUUCAUCGAGUAAAUAUGUUGAACAACCACCAAAUCCUACUGCAAUAUAUCAUCAACCUUAUUAUCCACCAAUAUUUCCUGUUCCAGGCCCAUAUUAUGUGUCAUAUCCACCAAUGGGUCAUAUGGUUUCUCCCUAUACUCAUCAAUAUGGAAAUCUCGGAACAAACGUAAAUGGAAAUCUUAAUCAUCAACAACAACAACAUUCUCAACCAAUUGUACAAUUAUCACAAAAUACACCAGCAGCUAUUGAAACUGUUCAUUUAUAUGUACCGAAUACGGUGAUUGGAGCUAUAAUUGGUACUAAAGGUCUUUUUAUUAAAAGUAUUAUUAAUAAUUCAAAUGCAUCAGUUAAAAUUAGUCCAUUGAGUCCACAUGAAGAUCAAAAUAAAAUAAUCGAUCGACAAGUAACAAUAUCUGGAACACCUGAAGCUCAAUGGAAAAGUCAAUAUUAUAUAUAUGAUAAAAUUCGACAAGAAGGUUAUGCCGGUGAUGAUGAAGUUCGACUACGAGCAGAAAUUUAUGUACCUACAUCAUUAAUCGGACGUUUAGUUGGUAAAGGUGGACAAAAUGUUCGUCAAUUACAACAGUCAACAGGUGCAAUUAUUAAACUACCCGAAGAUUCACAACAAACAUCAGCAAGUGAAGUACCCGUUAAAAUUAUUGGUCCUUUUCAAGCUAGUCAAUUUGCUCAACGACGUAUUCAAUCGAUUAUUCAAAUGAGCCGUGAUUUAAUUAAUACAUCAAAUGAAGAUAGUAAUAAUAAUAAUAAUAAUACUACUACUACGAACAAUAAUAAUAACAAUAGCGAACAAUCAAAUAAGUCGAAUAAUCUUAAUGAGAUAUCGAAAACUGUGAACGGAAGUACAAUUAGUGAUGAUGCUGUUGUUGCUUCUAGUACAAUACGAAAUUCUGAUGAUAGUAUAACAGCAGUGGAUGAAAACAAAUCUAGUGAUGAAUGA